AUUUCAGAUUACAAGAUAAGACAUGAGUUGUUUUAUCAAAAUGAGGUGAAUCUUAAGGGAGGAGCUAACUUUCUUUUAAGAUGUGUGAAGAGUUCUUGUUAAAAUGGAACGAUUAUCAGUCCUCAUUCUCUGCUAUGAUGCAGAGUAUUUGUCUCAAGGAGGAGAUGACGGACUGUACAAUAUCUAAUGGGUCAACCUCCUUCUAUGCUCAUAGGAUGGUUCUCUCCACGUGUUCUCCGUACUUUAGAACUCUUUUCUCUUCCGUCCCACACAAUCAACAUCCGGUCAUAUUUGUUAAAGAUAUAGAGGAUGGAAUUGUAGAACUCUUGGUUCGAUAUAUGUACAGUGGGCAGGUUAGUGUCUCCGAGGACCAGAUUAUCCCCCUCGUACACGCCGCCAAGAGUCUCUCCAUCAAGGGACUCCUUGACGUCCCGGUUCCUCAUCAGAACACGGAGAAGAACCUUCAACCUCCGGCCUCGAAGAAACCAAAGACCAACCCUGUGAGAACGGUGGAGGACAAGUCGGAGGAUAUUGUAGAGGCUGAUGUUAAGCCGAGGAAACACAACAACUCAGUUCCUGUUGUUUGUGUAGAGGAUGAGGAUGAGGAGGAGGAGGAGGGGGAGGAUAGUGUAGAGAAUAUCAGCUCGGACUCAGACCUUAUAAACCAAAAUGAAUUGCUUCAACGGCUGACAAGCGAGAUGACCGCGUAUCCUUUCCUGGCCGGUCGUUCUGGACCCCCGCUCUCCCCUCAGCGACAACCUGCCCUGUCCCCCCAGCAGCUGGUUGGAUCCCUCCUCCCUCCCCAGCUAACCUUGUACUCCUGUGAGCACUGUGGGAAGGAGUUUACGUCCAAGCGAAAGCAUCAGAGACAUGUUUUAAAUGUACAUUUUGGAUAUAAUCCGGUCCAGUGCCCGUUCUGCCAGAAGGGUCACCGUGAUAACUACAACCUCAAGCAGCAUGUUUGCCCGGUCAUCAACAUGAAGUACGGGCAGUUUGAGAAGAAGGAUGAUACAGAGAAUGGUCGAGAAUGUUCUGGAAACCAGGUCACAUGACCGGCCCACCAGCUAGCGGGGUUCAGGAUCAACACUUCCUAAACUCAGGGGGAUUCUCUGCAGAAAAAUUUAAAAGAUUUUAUUUUAUAAAUCUGCGUACGCUAGGUAUAAUGUAAACGGAAUUUAUUCAUUUUGUGGAAUUCCCGAAAACUGAAGAUUUAAGAUUUAUUCACAGGUUACAUAGAUAGGACAAAUUAGGUUGUCAUUGUUUUAUUUCGUUUAUUCUAAACUUGUCAUAGAAUAUUUACAGGUUAAAGGGACUGUCACCGUAAUUUGAAGUGAAUUUCCUUUUUUGUCUCUGCAACAUAUUUCCCUAAUCCCUAUCACUUCUAUAGAGAUACCACUAAUGCAAAAUAUUAAUUUACAGAAGAAACUUUUUUUUGUAAUAUUUGUGUUCAGACGAAGAUUUAAAGAGUAUCGUUGUGA